AAACUUUUUUUAAAAAAAUUGUUCAAUUUAUUGUUCAUUUCUAUGCCCUCUCAUGUCUUUCAUCCGAGACGAGUGCUUCGCGCGAUCUAGAUUCGACUCUGCAAGAAACAUUGAAGGGAUAUUGAAUUGAUUAAUAUAUUUAAAUCAUUGAGAAGAUUCUAUGGUAUUUAAUAGCGGUUGGUCACCAGUCAAGAAUAAAAGCCAAUAGAGUGCAAACAUCUAUAAGAGGAGAAAACUUACUAUGUUAAAAAUAUUAUGUGUUUUACUAAAAGUAUUUAUGCUAAUGAGGACGGCUCUCACGUCCUCUUCGAAAGAUCAGGAAGAUUGUAUAACUCAGGAUAACCCAUCCUUCAGAUUCAUCGAUGUCCAUGAGUACGUGUCAUCAAAUAUCGGAUCUGUUCAGUAUUAUUUUGAAAACGACACUGUGAGAAAAAGAAAUGAAGUCGGAGAAAUUACACCAUCUUCAGAAAGCAUUCCAAGCGAGCCAACAUUUCCUAGAGCAUUUGUGGAAUUUAACGACAGACUAAAUCAGAAAGACAUUUUGUGA